AUGUCCUUCCUCACCUCAUUCCGCGCAAUCGCCCCUCGAACCCUCCGACCAGGCUACGCCAUCUCCUCCUUCCACACCUCCCCAGCUGGUCUGUCCCUCAACGAGUCGGAUCGAAACCGCGAUAACCUCGACAACGUCUACGAAGCAGAAAAACAAGACCAGUUGAAAAACACCAAGACCGGAACGGCAACAUGGAAGUCCGAACUUGCCAGUACCAGUGAAGAGACGGUCAAGGCUGAUCGAGGAGAAGUGGAUAGUGGAAGUAAGGAUUUCAAGGAGAUGCAGGAUCGGACCAAGCAUAUUCCUCAUGAGAAGGAGUCGAAGAAGAAGGCUCAGUGA